AUGCAUGCCACUGCGGAUAUGGCUGGCACGCCAGACCGUAAUCUGAUGGAGGGGGGUAGCCAUGCUGGAGAGGCAGGCAACAGCUACCUCGAGGGGGAGAGGUACCACCGUUCAUCAUCUUUGAGCUGCUUCUCGACGACUGAUAAAGUUAUGCGUGAGGACUCGCACUUGCAUGUGCUACAGACAGAAUUGACUGUAACGGGGCACCCUGAAGCUUGUACUGGUGACAGUACAAGCUACUUAUUCUGA